GAAAUGAAGCCAACAGUAUAUUUUACUUGUCGCUACUGUGUGUGUUGGUAGUUCUCAGUCAGGCCAAAUGCGACUUAUAUUAUAGGGAUAAACCCCUAUAAUUGAUGGGAUGGAGGAGCCAGCCUUACAGCUGCAGCCUGUGGCCGCUCAGCUCAAAUCUGACUGAACACCCGCGCGCCCCCCGCCUCUCCUCUCGAGUUUGGAUGGCAGAUUCGUGCUGAUUGAGCCGCGUGGAUCGCAGCAUCAAGAGAAAAUAAAAACCUUCCGCCCGCUCACUGCGCCCUUCCAUAUGCCUUCAGCUCUGGGGGCGAGGGACGGCCCCUGACGAGUCCGUCUGUGAACAGGAGGAGCGAGCAGACAGGCAGACAUCGCCGUCAUCUCCUACUUCAUGAGAAGGACACGUCCGUGGAAGGCUUGACCAGGAAUCAUGGCAGCUAUUUUAUCGGCGGAAGAGGAGCAGGCCACCAGGCAGUUUCUAGAGGAAAUCAACAAGUGGACCAGUCAGCAUGGAGUGUCUCAGCUGUCCAGGGAGCUGGCCGUUAAGUUCCUCAUGGCUCGCAAGUUUGAUGUCCUCCGUGCCAUUGAGCUCUUCCACAAUUACAGGGAAACACGUCUUAAAGAAGGAAUUGUCCGACUCCAGCCUCAGGAGGAGCCUCUGCGCUCAGAGCUGCUCAGUGGAAAAUUUACAGUCUUGAGUGUUCGGGACCCAACAGGAGCCUCCAUCGCUCUCUAUACAGCCAAACUCCAUCACCCAAACAAAACGGGCAACCACGUCGUGCUUCAGGCUCUCUUCUACCUUCUGGAUCGGGCUGUAGAAAGCUUCGAAACCCAGAGGAAUGGCUUGGUGUUCAUCUACGACAUGGCGGGUUCCAACUACACUAACUUUGAGCUGGACCUAAGCAAGAAGAUCCUCAACCUUCUCAAGGGGGCAUUCCCUGCCAGGCUGAAGAAGGUGUUGAUUGUUGGGGCCCCUGUGUGGUUUCGGGUCCCUUACAAUCUGCUAAGUCUACUGCUGAAGGAGAAACUGAGGGAAAGGGUUCAGAUGGUAAAAAUGGCAGAGCUGCGUCAGCACCUCCCAAGGGACUGCCUCCCCCAGCACCUGGGUGGCCUGCUCCCCCUAGAUGCAUCCAGUUGGAACCAGCAGCUCCUGGCAGGUCAGAACGGCAGAUUGGAUCCUGUGGACGAGCUGGUGGGAAUCCCCUUGGAAGACUCCUCUAUCCACGUGCCCGGCCCCGAGUCCAUGCGCCCCCAGGAUUUGCUGGCGCACCUGGGCCGACUGCAGCGCUCCGGCGUCUAUCAGGAGUAUGAAGAGCUGCGAAGGGAGGCACCCCCUGGGACCUUCCACUGCGCACAGAUGGCCUACAAUCAGGAGAAGAAUCGCUAUGGGGAUGUGCUGUGCCUUGAUCAGACCAGAGUUCGUUUAAAACCCUGCAGAAACGAGAGAUCAGACUACAUCAACGCUAGCUUCAUGGAUGGCUACAAACAGAAGAACGCAUAUAUUGGUACCCAAGGACCACUGGAAAGGACCUAUGGGGACUUCUGGAGAAUGGUCUGGGAACAAAACGUGCUUCUGAUCGUCAUGACAACCAGGACAGACGAGGGCAGUCGUAGGAAGUGUGGACAGUACUGGCCCCUGCAGGAAGGUGGACAGGAGGUCUACGGCCACAUAGCUGUGGUGAAUCAGAAGGUGGUUCACCAUAGCCAUUACAACCACACCACUCUGGAACUGCACAACACUGAGACGUGUGAGCAGAGACAUGUGAGUCACUUCCAGUACCUCAGCUGGCCUGACUACGGCGUCCCCACAUCAGCAGUGACUCUCAUUGACUUCCUGGGUGCUGUAAAGAGGCAACAGAGGAAAAUGGUAAAGGCUUUAGGCCCUCAUUGGACCAGUCACCCACAGGGACCGCCAAUCGUGGUUCAUUGCAGCGCAGGGAUUGGGAGAACAGGUACCUUCUGUGCCCUGGACAUCUGCCUGUCGCAGCUGCAGGAUGUUGGCUCUCUUAACCUGUUUCAGACAGUGCGCCGCAUGAGAACGCAGAGGGCCUUCAGCAUCCAGACCCCAGAGCAGUACUACUUCUGCUACAAUGCUAUUCUGGAGCAUGCCCAAAGACAGGGCCUGCUCCCCUCCAAUCAUUAAACCCCUCCCAGCUAAAGGACAGGUCUCUAUACAGUUCUGCCAUCACUCUGCUGAUCCUGCAGCCAGACUGGGUGGCCGGUUGAAGGAAGAAGCCUUCUGACUAUAAACAGGCUUUCUGACGCGUCGACACAACCGGUCUGCAAACCAAGUAAAUGCAUUAAAGUUUAAAGCUGACGAUGUGUGAUGAUACUGCAGCUGUUAACGGUGUGAUGCUAUGGAUAUGUUGAAAAUAUGCAGAAAAACACAGCAGAUCAAGCAAAAUGCUCAGUGUUUUAACGGGCAGCACAGUGAGGUAAUACAAUGCCUUGCAAAAGUCUAGAAACCUUUAAACAACUUCAGUGCAUUUAGAUUUCACUUGAUUAGUCAACAGAAGGAAUUAAAAAAAGGUACAGGUUUUUAAACUUAAACUAAUAAAAGAAGGGCUUUUUUUUCCCUCAUGUUGAACCAGUAUCCACUGAAUUUACGUGUGUGAGUCUUCAGGGCUCUAUCUCUCAGCUUAUCUAGUUACUACAUUUCUGUGUUUUUGCUUCUCUGAACAGCUGAAGAGCCCAAGGUCAGUCUGAAUGGAGAGCUUUCUUGAACAUGAAUUUACAAUUCUUGCCACUAAUUGUCACUUAUUUUUAGGUCUGUAGUUAUACUGAGACAUUCUGAGAACAUAUUAUGCUUUGGGCUGUAGCUCCAACUGCCUCCCAGCUGAAAGAUCAACCUUUAUCCUAAGUUUUUCUCAGCCUCUUACAGGUCUUACAAGGAAUGCUGUGGGACCAGUACCCUGUCCCUGCAGCAUGAUGCUGGCAACGCUAUCCCAGGCCACAGUGUCUGUGGGGUUUAUGUCCAGUGACCCAAACUUAAUCCUUCACGUUCUCCACUAAUGAAAAUAGCAAAAAUAUUUCUCUGUGCUUUCUUUUAACAAAUACUUUCUUCCUGUGAUUCAGAGGGCAGAUAUAGUUGUCCAAUCAACAGAUUCUCCCAUCUAUGGAUCGUUGCAUCUGAGCUGCUUCUCUGAUUGAGAUUUAAAAUAUUUCUAAAGCUGAAAAUAUUUCUUAUUUUCUCCCUGUUCUUUCUCUGCUGUGUUCCUUCUUCUUCACUAACUAUCUCAAACUCCCUCAAAUCUUAUCUGGGCGUGUUGGCCUAGUGGUUUGAGCUGUGAGCUUGUGCUCCGAGAAGGUUGCAAAUACCCAGUUCAAUUCCCACAGCCUGCACUCUGGGUUCUUGAGCAAGAUCCUUAAUCCCACACUGCUACCCUGGUGCCGCACAGUGGCAGCCCACUGCUCCCCAAAGGGACAGGUUAAAUGCAGAGAUAAAUUUCUCCAGUGUGAGAUCAAUAAUAUUCAAUUAUUAUAAUAUAUAAACACACCUCAGAGGUCUUCACACAGCGUGCAACCACUAUUUUCCAGUUAUAUGACCUCUGAAGAGGAUUUUAGUUAUAAUUAGCGCAAAGAACCAAGCCAAUGUACAGAUCGCAGAUCAUGUAGAUUCUUUUUUCCAUUCUACAAACAUAUGUUGGUGUAUUUGGAAAAUCCAUAUAAAAUGCAUUUAUUUAAAGGUAGUAUUUUGCAAGGGUGUUUAUACUUUUCCAAGGCACUAUAUUUACUCUCACUUGAUUUAAUCAUAAAAAGUAUCAUUUUUUAGUUCUUUUUUUAGUGAAUAUUACAGAAUUGAAUCAUUUGGUCUGAUGCUCCUUUAAACUGUUGAAUGUUGCAGUAUUGAACCUUAAACAUCAACAUUAACCUUACAUUACAAAACAGCUAUAACAUUUUGUUUUAGAGCUACUGUAGAAAUGAUCAUGUAGUAUAUAGCCAAAUGAAACGACCUUGUCUUAAACUGUUUUAUAGCAGAGGUUUCCUUGAGUUUUGGAGUGAAAUAUUCCUUUAACCGGUAGAUCUUAUAGUGUGAGAAUAUGUUUUUAAUUCUUUAUUUCCUUGCAAACCUUCAGCACAAUGCAUCUAUGGUCCAUGGUGAAUAACACAAGGAAUUGGGGAGUUAGGGCCACAAAUAUGCUGCCUAAUGUCAUAUUUAUCUGAAAAUUAUCACUUAAAAUUUGUAUAUUUUCUUCCUGCCAAAGUGAAGAAAGUGGGAGCAAAUCAUCUUUUGAAACCUGAACACUCCCAAACGGCUGCUACAUUUUUUGACUGAAUGCUCCUGCAGUGUCAAGCCUCCCUUUUUUCUGCAUGUUUUCUUUUUUUGUAUGACACUGAAGAGGUAAAACCUGCUAGUGUUCAUCUUGCCUAGUAUAUUCAAAGCUUUUGACUGCCUUAUCUGUGUAGUAUUGUACUGCAAAGCUGCACAGACUUUUAUUUAAGGCAGUGAUUGUCAGAAAUGUAAAUUGAUGUAAGACCUCACGAGUAGUGCAAUACAUUUUGUUUUUAUGCAUAAAUCGUGUCUUAGCACUUUUUACACACAAAAAAAAAUUCCUAUGUGUUCUGGUAUUUCAGAGUGGUAAUGGGAGGAGAAAUAAAGAUUCAGACGAGUAUGUGGUCUCCAUGUAAUUCUGGGAUUGUUUAUAUUUAGGGAAACCUGAAGAUAUUUACUGUUAUCUGCAUAGAGCUUUGUUGGGAUUAAUGACAAUGGACUGAACUUGGAAACCGGACAGCAGUGUUGUCAUGACGGGUCAGCCACAAACUCCAAGUCCUCUUUGGACAAUUGGGAGUCAACAAGUCCUUUCAAUAUGUCCCAGUUUAUGGCCAUUAUUAUAGUACAUGUACAAAGCUGCAUUGUGUCAUUUGUGUUACAUUCUUUACUCCACAAUUCAUAUUGAAUUUACUGGUGAAGCAGUUUUUUUUUUUUUUAAGCGCCUGAAAUUUUUACUUUUUCUGAUCGUAGAAUUAAUUCUCCUUCCAGUAACGGACACAAAGUGCUGCUUUUUUAUUAUAUUCAGCAACUGUUUGCAUGCAAAUAUGCAGUUCCCCGUUAAUUUUAUAUUUGUUCUAUUACAACAUUCUGUUUUCUCUCUGUAUCUCUUUGCGCAUUGAUUCAUGCUAUGCUGUAAUAAACACCAACUGUCAGUGUGUAUCUUAA